AUGGCUCGCAGUACGAAGUACGCACCUAAAGAGCCUCCCUUGACAACCCCUUGGACCGACAAGGUCGGAACCAAGCCCUGGCCUGAAUACCCACGGCCAUUGCUACAGCGGUCUGACUGGAAAAAUCUGAAUGGUAUCUGGAAAUAUCAGAAUGCCUCUGAUCUAAAUGCUGUUGAUUCUCCUCCUUUUGGAAAGGAUCUCGCACAGGAAGUGCUGAUCCCCUCCUGCAUUGAGAGUGGCUUGUCUGGAAUUAAAACUGACUGGGGCUUGUACUCAUGGUUCUCAACGUCUUUUGACGUUUCUUCUGAAUGGAAGAAUGACAAGGUUCUGCUGAACUUCGGAGCUGUGGACUACGAAGCCACAGUUUUCGUGAACGGCCAAAAAGCUGGAUUCCACCGCGGUGGAUAUUACAGAUUUGCCUUGGAUGUCACAGAACAUGUGAAGUUUGAUCAGUCAAAUGAACUGCUUGUCUUUGUCCACGACCCUACUGAUGACGGCGACUAUGUUAUUCCCAUUGGCAAGCAAACCUUACGCCCUAGCCACAUCUUUUAUACACCCUGUAGCGGUAUCUGGCAAAGUGUUUGGCUUGAGGCUGCGCCGACAAACUACAUCACUCAGCUGGAUCUUGAUGCAAACAUGGACGGCCAAGUCAAUGUCACUGUACACAGCUCUGCAAAUGGCACAUCUGCUCAGGCCAAAGUCACCGUCCACAAAGACGGAAAGACUGUUGCAACUCACGAAGGUCCUACAAACAAGCCAUUCCAAUUCACUGUUUCAUCGCCAAAGCUUUGGUCUCCCGACUCACCUAAUCUCUACAACGUCACUGUCAGUUUAGACAAAGAUGAAGUGGAAAGUUACAUUGGCUUCCGCACUAUUUCCCGAGGUGUGAUCGACGGUGUUGAGCGACCAUUGCUUAAUGGUGAAUUCAUCUUCAUGUUUGGUACACUGGAUCAGGGUUAUUGGCCCGAUGGAUUAUAUACGCCGCCAAACCACGAGGCAAUGGUGUAUGAUCUGAAGGUGUUGAAAGACCUUGGUUUCAACAUGGUCCGCAAGCAUAUCAAAGUUGAAACAGAUUUGUUCUAUCGAGCAUGCGAUGAAAUUGGUCUUCUUGUUAUCCAGGAUAUGCCCUCCCUGCGUCCAUUGCAGUCGGUUCUUCCAGACGCUAAGCAGCAAGCCGAGUUUGCCCGGCAAUUGGAUGUCCUGGUCAAUCAAUUUAAGAGCUACCCCAGUAUUGCCAUUUGGGUCAUUUACAACGAGGGCUGGGGCCAGAUUACCGACACCUACCCCGAGUUUGAGCUGACGGACAGAGUGAGACAGCUGGACCCCACCCGGCUUGUGGACUCUACAACCGGUUGGGUCGACCACGGUGCCGGAGACUUUAGUGAUAACCACCACUACGCAAACCCCCAGUGCGGCACGCCAUUCUACUCCACAGCCUCGAGCCCAUACGACCCUAGCCGAAUUGGGUUCCAGGGCGAGUUUGGCGGCAUUGGAAACAAUGUCUCUAUUGAGCACCUCUGGAACAACCAAGCGGCUAUCGACACCAUUAACCAGACUUACGAGAUCGAUACCACCAUCGAGGCAUGGAACUAUCGCAGUCACCUUCUUCUCGGUGAGUUGGAGGAUCAAAUCCGUCUGUUUGCAUGCAGUGGAGGUGUAUGGACUCAGACCACCGAUGUGGAAGGCGAGGUCAACGGGUUGAUUACCUAUGACCGACGAGUCUCUAGAGUAGACGAGAAGCAGUGGAAGGCGGACAUUCAGGCGCUGUACGAUGCCGCCGCCGCACGGAGCAGCAAUUCGACAAGGGACAGCCUUUAG